AUGUAUCAAUCCAUCCUGCGCCCUCCCAUGACCACAACGACGACUACGACCACCACCACAUUUCGUGGCAGUGGGGGCGGGAUUUCUAUGCCGAUGCCCGUCCUGGGGGAGGGCGCGCAGGCGAACGUCGUCUUCAAAACGGCGGACAAGACGAUUCAUACGACACUGAGUACGGAAGAUGUGAAAUCACUCUUUGCUGGGGGCGUGUUACGAUGCAACGUUCCUGGAGAAAGUAUGCCGGUGAAUAUCGUCUUGAAAUCCCAGAUGCCCGUGGUGUCCACUCAUUUGCCGAGUGGGGCGACGUUUCAGCAACAAUUUCAACAGACUACGUCCCUCGUGCGACCGACCGUGCCGACAGUACAGACGCCAUCGUUGGGGACGAUUUCUAUCGCGAUGCCGACCCAGCCGCAGCAACAGCAAAGUAUUGUGACGAAUGCGCCGAUAAUGGCGACAAGUACGGCGGCACAGUCGCCACAGUUUCCGAUCAUUACGGGGAUCAAGUCGCUGGCGCCUCCGGUAGUUACUAGUACAAUGGCGACGACAACGACGACGACCCCAGCGCCAAUUUAUGCAAAGAAAUCUAGCCCUGUUGCAAAUCCGAGUGCGACGAAGGAGGUAGUCGUGGAGGAUAAGAAGAUAGUCAAAGUGAAAAGGAAUUCAGGGGUGGCGACAGGAAAUAAGUCGACCAUGGCGUCGGGAGAGAAGACGCCGGUGGCCACGAUGGGAGAGAAGUCGACAGUGGCGAAGACGGGAGAGAAGAAACCUACGACGAACCGAAAACGGAAAGCUAGCGCGGCGACAGAAACACCCACGACGACACCAACAACGCCAAAAGUAAAGGCGAAGAAGAAAAAGAAAACGUUACAGUUUGACUCGCCUUCUUCAACAUUGGGAAUUUGCGCUUCGCCUCCAGGAUCGCUGUCAGAAGUGGCGACCCCAUCACCAAAACUGGCGAAGUUGGUGGAUGAGGUGCCAACUAGCAGUGUGACGAUAACGACUUCUGUUCCAACUGUGACCACGUCUACCACAACGGUUGCUACUGCUGCUGCUGCUCAGCCUGAAACCGUCACGAAAUCCAAUACUACUCCGAUCAGCAUUUUGACUCCUAUCGUCAAGUCGAAACCAGCUAAAACCUACCCGAAAAGUAGACGUGCCAGCGGAGCAGCAGGAACGAAAGGGGCCAGCUCAGCAGCAGGAUCCAAAGGGGUCGCCAGCGGAACUAAGAAAACGUCGCCAUCAAAGAAAGUAACCCCCACACCACCAGCAAAAACUGUAUCAACUCCACCACCACUCGACCAACAAGUCAGCAGUGUUACUCCUCCUCCCGAAAAGAAAGAAGAGGUCAUCAUCGUCACAAAGUCAUCAUCCUCUAUCGUGACACCUGACCCUCCAUCGACCCCAGUAGUCAAACAAACCACAAAAGUUGAAAUAUCAUCUCCUCCUACGACACGAAACCGUAAAAAGUCCACCCCAUCGAAACCCACCACGGGAAAACCGGUAGUCAAGAAGAAGAAGUCAACCAGGAAUAAUUCAACCUCGUCGACAACAACAACGCCGAUUACGUCAUCAGUCACGACCUCCACUCCUGUCGAGCCACUCGUUGUGUCCACGUCCACGUCCACAAUUUCUGAAGCUCCCGAGAUUCCAGCAACCAUCACGACUCCACCGCAGAGUGAUUCUCCCGACUCGCCGGAAGCACCGCCACGUCUCACACGUUCCAUGAGGAGACAAUCCUCCGCGAACAAUUAG